AUGGGCCAUCAAAACUGGAGAGGUGGAAGAGUUGCUUCCUUCAACAUCAUCCCUAUUAGCAUUGGAGCUGCCAAGAUGAAUGAUCUCUCUAUUAUUUUAGUCUAUGGCUGUUGUUGGGAAGGUUCUGCCAUCGAGAAAUUGAUUGGAAUGGCCUUCUGUAUUCCCUCCGUUGAUGUUUCAGUGUUUUGGAUCAAAGCUGCCAUCAAGCCUGUUGCAAUGAGCAGUUACAGCGAAGGAGUUGCAUGGAAAAAGGCAGAAAUUAGUCUCCUUUCUGAGAAGUUGAUGCUUCUUGCCGGAUACUUUUUCCAGAGAAACAGCAAGAGCGAGAAUGACAUGGAAACCCUAAGUGCUUCUCGGAUGAUCAUGGAUUCAGAGCACUUUGAGAAGAUAUACAUAAGAUCUGGCAUUGAAAGUGGGGCAAACCCUUGA